UUGUGAAAAAAAAAAGAAAGAAAGAGAGAGAGUUUCGCAAGUAGAUCUAGGUCUGAGAGUGGACCGGAGACUCAGGACCUUUCACAGUUCACCAUCUCUCUUUGUAAUACAAAUCCCUAUUUCUUCUCUUCAUUCUCGACCGUUAAUGAUUCCCUAAUCAAAUAUCUCCCAAGAGCUUCUCUUUCGUGUUAUUUCUUACAUCUUAAUUUUCCCUCGACUUUUUUCGCACUCUUUCUAUUUUUCCCGUCUGGGUAUCACCUGAAAUGGGCAAAAAUCAGGCCUACAAAGCUAUGCAGAGAUCGCGGCUGGGCUCCAGCUCCGCCGCUCCGGAAGAGAUUGAAGAUGGCAUGGUGGAUGGUUCUUUUCAUUCACCAGAGUGGCAUGCUGCUCGUCUGGCCAGCCUUAAAACUACGCACACAGUUACAUGGGAAGAAUUUAAAAAGAAGCAAAAGGAAGAUGAAAUGAGAAAGGGGGAGCUGGAAGCGGACACGGAUAGAAUGAUGCGGGAGUACAGAGCUCAACUCGAUGCUGAAAGGGCAAGAAAACUUGCUCAGGGGAGAAACCACUCUAGCAGCAAAUCUAAUCAUAAAAAGGAUAAAAAGGACAGAGAGAUAAAGAAAAGUAUCAGCAAAAGGAGAAAGCGUUCAAAGUGCAGGUCCUCUGAUUCAAGCUCUUCCAGUUCGUCCUCGGAGUCUUCAAGCAGUGAUGAUGAAGAGAGAGAGUCAAAACGAUCAAAAUCAAGGUCUAAGAGAACGAAGAAGGAAAAGAAGCACCGGUCUAGAAGGAAGGAGUCUAGCAGUGAUGGUGAAGAGGCUGACGGGCCAGUUCCGCUUUCAAGAUUCUUUGGGAAUUCGAAGACUUAAAACUUCCUGGUGGGAAUUGUUGUGUACUUGUCCUCCCGUCCAGGGACAGGAAACUUAAGGUUACCUUCUUUUCUUUUUCCCUUUGCAUAUUUGGUUUUCAAUUUUUCUGAAUAAUAGAUGAGCUAGCAAUGAUGUUUAGUUUGCCGUAAAUUUCCCUGGAGUAUUAUGAUGCAUCUCAUCUCAUUUGACUCUGAGGAAUUUUUUGCAACGAAUCUAAGUAGCUAUUGGAUUUCAGUUGAAUAUAUUGAUCCUGUCUUCUGA